AUGAUUGUAACUUCUCUCCCCUGCUCGCUCACUGCCUCUCCCCCCGCCCACUUGACUUCUUCCUUUGCUGGCCACCCUGCCCCUGCCCCCACUGUCUCAUCCUCCACUUUUGCUUCCGCUGCUGCUGCUUCGCAUACUUGUGCCUCCACCUCUUCCUUCCCUUCUGCAUCUGCAACUGCUGGUUUGCACGCCUGUGCCCCCACCUUCUCUGCCUUCCUUUCCGCUUCCGCUACUGCUGGCAUGCACGCCUGUGCCCCCACCUUCUCUUCUUUCUCUUCCAAUUCCAUUGCUGCUGCUUCGCAUACCCAUGCCUCCACCUCUUCCUUCCCUUCCGCUUCUGCUACUUCUGGUUUGCACGCCUGUGCCCCCACCUUCUCUGCCUUCCUUUCCGCUUCCGCUACUGCUGGCAUGCACGCCUAUGCCCCCACCUUCCCUUCCUUCCCUUCCGCUUUCGUUGCCACUGGUAUACCCGCCCACUCCCCCAUCUUCUUGUUCUUCCCUUCUGCUUCCGCCGCUGCUAGUACACACGGUCCUGCCCCCACCUGCUCGUCUCGUACCUCCGCUACCACUGCUGCUGGUGUUACUGACAUACACGCCCAUGCCCUCACCUUCUCAUCCUUCUCUUCCAUCUCUGCCACUGCCCUUGCCCUCACCUUCCUCUCUGUCCCUCCUCGCUCAGACAUCAUAACCCCUCUCCUUCUUUCCUUUUCUCCCCUGCUGCCCGUGCUGGUUCCGUUCAGCACUCGCUCUAUUCCUUCCCUAGCUGCUCUUGCUCCAGCAGAUCCUACGCCCUGCUUUGCUCCUGCUGUGCCUCGCUUCACCACCACGCGGUCCCUUGGGCGAGUGAUCUGCCGCCAUGUUCCCGUGGCGUUUCGCGGCACUUCCGCACAUCUCCUCUGGCGCACAAUCUGCAUCCGCGAUUUGCCCCUGGCGCCUCACGUCACUUUCGCGCAUCUCCUCUGGCACACGAUCCGCAUCCGCGAUUUGCCCCUGGCGCCUCGCGUCACUUCCGCGCAUCUCCUCUGGCGCACGAUCUGCAUCCGCGAUUUGCCCCUAGCGCCUCGCGUCACUUCCGCGCAUCUCCUCUGGCGCACGAUCUGCAUCCGCGAUUCACCCCUGGCGCCCCGCGUCACUCCCGCGCAUCUCCUCUGGCGCACGAACUGCAUCCGCGAUAUGCCCCUGGCGCCUCGCGUCACUUCCGCGCAUCUCCUCUGGCGCACGAUCUGCAUCCGCGUCCUUGUUCUCGUCGUCGCGCUCUUCUUCCGCGACCCCUUCCUUCUCCUCCUCGCCGUCGGCCUCGCUUGCCGAAUCCGACGAGUCCGCCACGCCCGCAUAGUCGCGAUGCCUUUCACCCGCUCCUUGCUGGCCGCCUGCCAGAUUCCAAGGAUUGCUGCAGGAUGGAGGGCAGAUCUGGGCGCAGGGAGGGCAGAUCUGGGCGCUGGGAGGGCAGAUCUGGGAAAUGGGAGGGCAGAUCUGGGCGCUGGGAGGGCAGAUCUGGGCGCUGGGAGGGCAGAUCUGGGCGCUGGGAGGGCAGAUUUGGGUGCUGGGAGGGCAGAUCUAGGCGCUGGGAGGGCAGAUCUGGGCACUGGGAGGGCAAUCUUGGGUGCUGGGAGGGCACAUAUGGGAGCUCGAAGGGCAGAUCUAGGCGCUGGGAGGGCAGAUAUGGGCGCUGGGAGGGCAGAUAUGGGCGCUGGGAGGGCAGAUCUGGGCGCUGGGGGGGCAGAUCUGGGCGCUGGGAGGGCAGAUCUGAGCGCGAGGAGGGUAGAUCUGAGUGCGAGGAGGGCAGAUCUGGGCGCUGGAGUUGCAGAUCUGGACGUGUGUAGAGGAGUGCCUUGGAGGGCAGCGCCUUGUGGCAGUUUCAAUCUAGAAGGCUAA